CCCCUCCCACGCAGCGCGGUUCUGUCGGGUGGGAAGGAGGGGCUGGGCUCCAAGCGCCCGCCCCUCCAUCUAUCACAUGGCCGGAGAGCCACAAAAACAACAGCUUUGGCCAAGACCGUGACUUCAGGAAAGGGAACCCGGGGCUCUUGCAACCAACCCCCACCCCAUGGAGGAGAGUUUUCUUGAAUCCUUUGGGAGGCUGAGCCUCCAGCAGCAGCAGCAACCUCGUCCGCCGGCCCCGCCGCCCCCGCGUGGGACACCUCCGCGCCGCCACAGCUUUAGGAAACAUCUCUACCUCCUGCGAGGCCUCCCGGGCUCGGGGAAAACUACACUGGCCAGACAAUUGCAACACGACUUUCCCAGGGCUCUGAUUUUCAGCACGGAUGAUUUUUUCUUCAGGGAAGAUGGUGCCUAUGAGUUCAAUCCUGACUUCCUGGAGGAAGCGCAUAAGUGGAACCAGAAAAGAGCCAGAAAAGCAAUGAGGAAUGGCAUAUCCCCCAUUAUUAUUGAUAAUACCAACCUCCACGCCUGGGAAAUGAAGCCCUAUGCAGUCAUGGCACUUGAAAAUAACUAUGAAGUUAUAUUCCGAGAACCUGACACUCGCUGGAAAUUCAACGUUCAAGAGUUAGCAAGAAGGAACAUUCACGGAGUCCCAAGAGAAAAAAUACAUCGAAUGAAGGAACGGUAUGAACACGGUGUUACCUUUCACAGUGUGCUUCAUGCGGAAAAGCCCAGCAGAAUGAACAGAAACCAGGACAGGAAUAACCCAUCGCCUUCCGACCGGGCCAGAUACUGGAACGCCUGCGCGGAGUUUCCAACCCGGAGGGCUCACAGUGGCUUCACAAACGAGAGCGCCUGUAACAGAAGAGGUGGCUGUCACCAUGGAUAUUAGAGGCCUACCGUACAGGCAUUCACAGUUUUCCUAAAUCAGUUUUUACCGCAACUUUUGGUAUUUAUUCUUUGUUCUGUUUUAGCCAGAGCUCUAAUUCCGGUGUAAAUAGUCGGACCUGAAAGUUUUUCGGCAGAGGUCAUUAUAUUCAUUUUCAACAAGCAUUUGUUAAAAGGGAUACUAUAUACAUGGUCUGAUGCUGGAAUUCUGAUUUGAUUAAACAAAGUCACUUUCUCUAGGGUAACAAUUAAUUGGAAACAGAAACCUGAGAACGUACCCAGUCACAUAAGUUCAAUAUAUAGAAGUUUCAGUACCACUUUUUCAGAAGUAAUCUAUUUUUCCAGGAAAUUCAUCUCCACCAGGAAAGUUUGAAAGGUGGGGAAGUGGGAGACAGGAAAAUGUUAGUGCCGUUGCUACUUUGAUAAUCUAUGUAUCCAAAAAUGUGAGAUGUGUGGCUGUCAUGAUGAUAGUGAUUUUCCUUUAAAAUGCAUUUGCUAGAUAGCAUAUGUCUAAGGGAAUAUCGCUCUUCAAAGUAGACACUUUGACAAAUUAUUCCUUUAUUCUUGUGAUGUGUCAUUGUUGAAAAGGUCUGUUGGACCCUUCUCAAUAGCUCUAAAAGCUACGGAGGAAAAUCAGUGUCAUUAUUUCAAGUCACAUCUUGUGUUUUAACUGCCACUUUAUCAAAUAGGAUGAAACCUGAUUAACUUUCUUGGCUGUUGUGCUAAUAGUGUAAAUUAAAGAAGCCUGACUUUAUAAACACCAGUUUUAAAGAGGAAAGAAUUCAGCAGUUAUUAGAUAUGUGUAUAAUCAGUUGACUACCCAAAUGUGUGGGAGUACAAGGAAGUAAUAAGCAUCCCAAGAUAUAAAUCAUAUAGGGAUAUGUAAAACUCACGCUCAUUAUAAGAUGAGCAGUCUUGGCAUUUUCUGUGGCAUUAUUUAAGACAAUACAGUUCUACCACAAAUCUGGGAUGCCCCCCGUAUACCAAUACUGAAUUUAUGAUUCCAAAUCAAACCUCAGCAGGUUAGAAUCAGAUUAAUUUGGUGUGAGACCAUGAUAGAUAAGAUCAUGUAGAAUGUAUGCUUUAUUUUUUGCUGGCCAACAGCUUCUUUCUGAUGUUCUGUGAAAUAUUAUUUUAAGUGUCCUAUAUAAUGGUGCUUUUAUGGUUAUUAAAAAUUAUAUAUGGUAUUGCUUUAUAUGAAUUUGUCAUUGAAUCUAGACUUUGUUUCAACGAUAUAAAAAAAUAAUUACCUAAAUCCCACAGAAUUCUACCAUAUUAAGAACCAGUUUUUCUAUAUCAUAAACUUAUUUACCAGUCUUCUUCAGUAAGUAGGAGACAAAAGCAACCUUAUACUUUACAUGCUUAUAUAAAUUAUUUGAUCUGUGCACAUUGGAAAGACUAUUACUUUAGCAUCAAUACCUGACACUAUAGAAAUCUUAUGGCUUUUUAUUCACUUCUUCUGAGCAACCACUAUGACAUGGCCCCAGGUUUAGACCCAGAGCUUUUAAAGAGCUCGGGAGAGUAGUUUUCCUAUUUGUCUCUUUUUUCCCUAGAUGACUCUUGAAAUACUUGGUUUGGAAGCAUAAAAAUAAUUGAUUAAAUGCUGCCAACUUUAUGCCAGCUAGAAGUGAUUUUUUUCUCUCAAUUCCCAAGUUUCCUGAUUUAUCUAAUUUUUUGAACACUCAACUUUAACCUGUAGCUUUGUAUUAUUAAUGUUUGCAUUGUUCACAGAGCUGGCAUAGUGCUUUCUGUCUGAGACAGGCUCUUGUUAAGUGAUUGCUGAGUAACACAAAUUGCUUUUACCAUUUAUCCCUUAUCCUACGGUGUACAUUCUUGACUUUGUAAUCAUUAUCACUUCUUAGGGGAUAAUAUCCGUAUAUACUUAAGCUUCAUAUUUUGCUUAUAUAGCUUCCUAUAUUUUUUACAACGUAUAAAAAAGGAGUGUGUGCAUGAGAUUUCUCUCUAAUGUGUAGUCUAAAUGGUAAGGAAGAAUGAAGGAGGUACUGGCAGUUCAGGUUAAAUUCUCCUAAUUCUUUUUGUUCAUCUGAGAUUCAAGUUUUAUUCCCUGUUCCAGAGCAGAUCACUUGGUACAUGAUUAGGAUGGGAAGACCAAAUUGUUUUGUGACCCAAACUUAAAUCACAUGUUAAUAAGACUGGCAGAACACUUGAGUUAAAAAGAACUGGAGAGUGGACUAGCGUUAUGUUAAUUUUUAGAGGGGGAGAAAAACCACGGAUCACAGUUAUGAAAGAAAAAAAUUGCUUUUUAAAAGAUUUAUUCUUGGCUUUGAAAUGUGUUUAUAAUUAGAUUUGAAAACACGAUAUUUUAUCUAAAUUUAAGACAUAGUAAAUGGUCUGAUUUCAGAGCUUCUCCAACCUAUUGGCUCCUGGUUAGAACUGUGUUCUCUUUUCUCUAUUAAGCAUAAGAAAGUCACAAAUGAGAAUAUCCUCACAUAUUGAACUAUUACUGUCUGCCUUGGUGGUUAGAAAAAAACCAGGUUUAAAGGAGGUACUUGCCGAGUCCUGUGACAGGGCUAAAAAUAAAGCAGGUAGAAACAGUGCCAAUUUGAAAGAACGAUUUUCUCUUAAAUUGCAGAUGAUUAUUUUGUUAAAAAAACAUUAACACUAUGAAAUCUGAUUUAAAGUAUUUGAAUUUUUAAUUAAAAUAAUUUCAGAGAUCACACUGGAAUCAUAAAGAGGAAUUACACUGAGAAUUCUGUUUUUCUUGUAGUUAUGCUGACGUGGGGUUGAAGAACGGGUCUUAGAAACCACCACUGCU